AUGGGUGACUAUCACACUGAGAACACGACACCACCAAACGAGGCCAAUGGCUUUGACAAGACCAAGGGUGCCGUGCCCGAGACACCAGCCAAGCAAACACUCAUCGACAGGACAGUCGACGCGCUGCUCACGCCGCCAAAGUCGGUCUAUGAAGAUGUUUCGCUUGAGCUUCCUGACAGAUAUAUCGACGAGCCACGGUCUCUGCGCGUAACCGUCAUUGGCGCAGGCCUCUCUGGAGUUCUCGCUGGCAUCUUGCUGCCUGCUAAGGUCCCUGGCGUUAAGCUCACAAUAUUUGAAAAGAACGCCGACGUGGGAGGCACUUGGUUCGAGAACGUGUAUCCCGGCGUGCGCUGCGACGUGCCCGCCCACGUCUACCAAGCAACCUUCGACCCAAACACCCAAUGGACAGAGCAAUUCGCGCAGGGCGCGGAGAUCCGCGACUACUGGAAGGGCCUGUCGAGAAAGUACGACGUCUACAAGUACCUCCAGCUCUCCCAGCAGGUCGAGGGUCUGAACUGGGUCGACUCCCAAGCCGUAUGGCAAAUCACCGUCCGCGACCUCAAGACGGACGCGAUCCGCAUAGAAGAGGCCGACUUCGUUCUCACAGCCAUCGGCCGCUUCAACGCCUGGAAGCUCCCAAACUACCCCGGCAUCCACGACUUCAAGGGCGUCCUCCGCCACGCCUCCAACUGGGACCCCAGCUUCGAACCCCGCGAUAAGAAGGUCGCCGUCAUUGGCAACGGCGCCAGCGGCAUCCAGCUCACGUCAAACCUGCACAAGGUCGUCUCGCGGCUGGACCACUAUGCCCGCAACAAGACCUGGAUCACGGCCUCCUUCGCCGGCGACGAGACCUCCAUCGAGCCCAUCCCCGUUUCCGAAGAUCUGCGCGCCAAGUUCCGCGAGGACCCGGAGGCGUACCUCGCGUACCGCAAGGACAUGGAGAGCAAGUACUUCCGCCACUUCACCGGCUGGCUCAAGGGGUCUGCCGACAACGAGGAGGCGCGCGAGAAGUUCCGCACGUUCAUGAACGACCGGCUGGCUAAGAAGCCUGAGCUCAUCGACGCCCUCAUCCCCGACUUCAGCCCGCACUGCCGCCGGUUGACACCGGGCCCGGGGUACCUGGAGGCCAUCACCGCCGAGAAGACAAACUACAUCCAGACCCCCAUCCGGCGGUUCACCGAGACGGGCAUCGAGACGGAAGACGGCACGCACCGCGAGGUCGACGCCAUCUUCUGCGCAACAGGCGCCAACGUCGACAUGGUCCCGCCCUUCCCCAUCACCGCGCGCGGCGAGGACCUGUCCAAGCUGUGGCGGUCCGACGGCAAGUACGGCUUCCCCUACACGUACCUCGGCUCCGCCACCCCGGGGUUCCCGAACCUGCUCUUCAUCCACGGGCCCAACGGCUCGGGGCGCUCCGGGACGGUCCCGCACAACGUGGAGAACCAGAUCACGUACUUCGCGCGGAUCCUGCGCAAGUCGGCGCGCGAGGGCAUCAAGUCGCUGCAGGUGUCGAAGCGGGCGGCGGACUGGUUCACAGAGUACUCGGACGCGUUCUUCGCGACGACGGUGCUCUCGGAGAACUGCAGCUCGUGGUACAACAGCGGCAAGCCGGGCUCGCGGGUGCACGGGCUGUGGCCGGGGUCGGCGUCGCUGGCGACGAUUGUGCAGCGGGAGCCGCGGUGGGAGGACUUUGAGUAUGAGUACCUUGGGGAUGCGGAGAACCCGUUCUUGUGGUACUUUGGGAAGGGGUGCACGAAGAAGGAGCUGGAUGAGAAUGCUGAUGUGACGCCGUAUUUGAAGGCUGGGGUUGUUGAUCCGAAGGAUGUGCAUGAGAGUUGGCAUACUGUUCCAUAG